AGAUGGCGGAGCAUUCACAACACGCCCUAUAUAAUGUACAGACCUUGGUUUUUUAUCCACGGUCACUUGGGUGAUCGUCUUGAACAGUUCGUGGUAGUUUGUGGUUUUUCUCUUCUCUUUCUCCACGAAGCGGCAGACUAGUUGGGAAGACAACAUGUUCGAUAAAUUAUUUGAAUCGUCAAAAAUGACACCCUUCAGCUCGUCCCAGGCUGCAGCUAACCAGGGACUUGUCAAAAAUCGAGUUAUCGCUGCGGCUUCCACAGAAUCAGGUGACAGUUGUGUGUUCGGAUCAAACCACUACUUUGCACUAUGUGGUCUUGGUGGUAUUCUGUCUUGCGGUCUCACCCACACCAUGGUGACACCCCUGGAUUUAGUCAAAUGCCGUAUUCAGGUGAAUCCUGAAAAGUACAAGUCUGUCUUCACAGGAUUCAGGACCACAUUCGCGGAAGAUGGAGCCAAGGGAUUGGCGAGGGGUUGGGCCCCAACCUUCUUUGGUUAUUCUAUCCAAGGAAUGUUCAAAUUCGGUCUCUAUGAAGUCUUCAAAGUAUACUACGCAGAUCUUGCUGGAGAAGAGUUGUCGUACGAAUACAGGACUAGCCUCUACCUCGUUUCGUCUGCCUCUGCAGAAUUCUUCGCAGAUAUUGGUCUGGCUCCUUUCGAAGCCGCUAAGGUCAGAAUACAAACCAUGCCUGGUUAUGCCAACACCCUGCGCGAGGCCUUCCCGAAGAUGCACGCCGACGAGGGUUUGGGUGGUUUCUACAAAGGUCUGGUCCCCUUGUGGCUCCGACAAAUCCCUUACACGAUGAUGAAGUUCGCCUGCUUCGAGCGCACGGUUGAACUCCUUUACAAACACGUCGUACCCAAACCACGACUAGAGUGCACCAAAGGCGAACAACUCAUUGUCACCUUCGCUGCUGGAUACAUCGCUGGUGUCUUCUGUGCUGUCGUCUCGCAUCCUGCUGACUCUGUCGUUUCCAAGUUGAACCAGGAGAAGGGUGCGACAGCAGGCGACGUUUUGAGGAAGCUUGGAUUCGGUGGCGUCUGGAAGGGUCUUGGACCCAGAAUCAUAAUGAUUGGUACGCUUACUGCAGCUCAAUGGUUCAUCUAUGAUGCAGUGAAGGUCUGGCUCCGUAUGCCACGUCCACCACCACCAGAAAUGCCCGAGGGUUUGAAGAAGAAGUAUGGUUUAGCUUAAAUCCUGCUGAUUACUAAUUGCUUUAUCGGCUCCCAACUGAGUAAAGUUAGGAAAAAACUAGACGAAUUUUUAAAUGCCUUCCUGAAAAACGCCGUUGAAUUUCAUUUGAACACGAUUCGAUUUUCCCGUAAAUGCUGUUACUGCCCACGAAUCAGGAAGGUGUUGAAGAAAAUACACCUGUGGCAGUUAGUUCUACGCGUACGAUUCUAUACUGUCUAUCUAGAACUGUUCUAAACACGAGUACCGAUAUUAAGGAGUCUGCGAUCUGCAGAAACCUGUCGCAAUGUAAAUAUGAUGAUCGUGUCAAUAAACGAUCAGAGAUUAAACCGA